AGAGUUUGUGGCUCAGAACAUCGUUGUCUUCGUGAGUAUAACCUACACGCUCGUUCGCAUUUGCUGUAUGCCCCUUUUCAUCGAUGUGGACACGGGCAUGGUCGGAGAGGAUUCGGUUCUACCGUUGGCGGGAGUCCUACUGGCGCCGAAGAGGAAGGCCGACGGGGCGCCCGACGGCGAGCAGAAAAGACAGAAAGAGAUGAAGGGCAAGAGCAAGGGUAGGGACAACGACAGCCUCGUGACAAAGGUCGUCAUCCUUUCCACCGACACCGCACGCGUGCAGGUGAUGUGCUCGUCCAUGGUGCUGCCGAUUUACCUCAGCCUCGCGGAGUCGUAUUGAGCAGGACUGGCCGCCAACAAGUUCUCCGAGGACAUGGUCAAGGCACUUCACGAUCGAAAGGCGGAGGGCGAGGAUGUGGGCUUGUCGACGUCAGGACCACCGUUCACCACCGCGUUCUGCAUGACAACGAGGGCGCUCCUGUUGAUGACGCCAGACGAGAUCCAGCAGAAGGUCGAGGAGCAUUUCAAUCCGCACCUGAAGGAGGAGUCGAUGCAGUACAUUGGCAUGAUCCGUCACUUCACGGUGAGGGCGCCGCGCGGGCCAGGACCAAAGAAGUUGGAGGACACGGUCAGGCUGCAGUACGCUUUGGGGCCGAACCCGCUCAGCUCGGAGGUGAACUGGUUCCUGGACGCGGCUUUGACGGAUCUGAAGGCAACGCAGCCGAUCCGUAGUGACCGCUGGAGAGACAGAUCACAACCAGGCUGCAGCGUCGCAGUAAGUGAGUGUGCCGCCGCCGUUCAGAGACAGCGUGCGAUAUCGAGAGCUGCUCGCGAGAGGCUUGGUGGCACCAGCCGCGCCAACUAGCCAUGACUUUUUGGUGGCACUCUCGCCUGAGAAGGGG